AUGCCCAGCUGGGCGCCCUGGCGGCUGCUGCUGCUCUCGCUGGCGGGGCUGCUGCUCCGGGGCGCGGAGACAGGAUCUGAGGGGCAGACGGCCGGGGAGCUGUACCGGCGCUGGGAACGGUACCGCAGGGAGUGCCAGGAGACCCUGGAGAGCGCGGAGCCGCCCUCAGGUCUCGCCUGUAACGGGUCCUUCGAUAUGUACGUCUGCUGGGACUACGCUGCGCCCAACGCCACGGCCCGCGCGUCCUGCCCCUGGUACCUGCCUUGGCACAGCCAAGUGGCUGCGGGCUUUGUCCUCCGCCAGUGUGGCAGUGACGGCCAAUGGGGACCUUGGCGAGACCACACCCAGUGCGAGAACCCAGAGAGGAACGAGGCCUUUCAGGACCAAAGGCGCAUCCUGGAGCGGUUGCAGGCCGUGUACACCAUCGGCUACUCCCUGUCCCUGGCCACGCUGCUCCUAGCGCUGCUCAUCUUGGGUGUCUUCAGGCGGCUGCACUGCACCCGGAAUUACAUCCACAUCAACCUGUUCGCGUCUUUCACGCUGCGGGCUGCAGCCAUCCUGAGCCGGGACAGGCUGCUACCUCCACCGGGCCCCCACCCCGGGGACCAGGCCCCUGCCCUGUGGAGCGAGGCCCUCGCCGCCUGCCGCACGGCCCAGAUCCUGACCCAGUACUGCGUGGGUGCCAGCUACACGUGGCUGCUGGUGGAGGGCCUGCACCUGCACAGCAUCUUGGUGCUCCCGGGCGGCUCGGAGGAGGGCCACUUCCGCUGUUACCUGCUCCUCGGCUGGGGGGCCCCCGCGCUUUUCGUCUUUGCCUGGGUGAUCGUCAGGUACCUGUACGAGAACACGCAGUGCUGGGAGCGGAACGACGUCAAGGCCAUUUGGUGGAUCAUCCGCACCCCCAUCCUUGUAACCAUCUUGAUUAACUUCCUCAUCUUCAUCCGCAUCCUCACCAUCCUCGUGUCCAAGCUGAGGACCCGGCAGAUGCGCUGCCCCGACUACCGCCUGAGGCUGGCUCGCUCCACGCUGACGCUGGUGCCCCUGCUGGGCGUCCACGAGGUGGUGUUCGCGCCCGUGACCGAGGAACAGGCCCGCGGCGCCCUGCGCCUGGCCAAGCUGGGCUUCGAGAUCUUCCUAAGCUCCUUCCAGGGCUUCCUGGUCAGCGUCCUCUACUGCUUCAUCAACAAGGAGGUGCAGUCGGAGAUCCGCCGCGGCUGGCACCACUGCCGCACACAGCGCCGCCUGGGCGAGGAGCCGCGCCAGCGCCCGGAGCGCGCCUCUCGGGCCCUGCCCUCGGGCCCGGGCCCCGGCCGGGUCCCCACCGGCCGCGCCUUGUCCUCUGGGACCUUGCCAGGCCCCGGGGAUGAGGCCAGCCGGGUACUGGAAAGUUACUGCUAGGUGGCAGGGUCCCCGCAUCUGUCCAAUCAGCACAUAUUUGUUGAGUGCUUACUCUGUGCCAGGCCCAGUGUGGGGGACACCGGGGAGUCAGGGGAGAGGAAACCAGGUCGCCGGCCUCACGCAGAUCACAAAGCAUGAAGUGACACACAGGCUAUGGAAAUGGCUUCUGAAGGGAGGUCUGGCAGAAGAACAGCAUAUGCGAAGGCCCUGGGGCAGGGAGGAGACCAGCCCUGAUGGAGGGACUGGAGAGGAAUGAGCUAGAGCCAGCAGCUGGGGACAGGAGCAGGCAGGGGCACACAGUCAGGAUCUUAUUCCAGGUGCCCUGAAGGUUGUUGGCAAGGGCCCCGGUAUGCCCGGCAGGGGCGGGGCGGAUGCCAGAGCUGAGCGAGUUGCCCGGCUGCCAUAGCGGUGCGGGGGCUCACCAGGCAGCAGCCGUUUCAAAGGCAGCGUGGAGGGGCCGGCAGGUCCUAGAAGUGCAGUGAAGGAGAGACCA